AUGGACCCGUCGCCACAGUCCCUGCCUGCGCCCCCGCUGCUCCCGCCAAUGCCCGCGUCGACGCGCAAGCGCGCGCGCGAGAACGAGUCGCCGAGCCAGAGGCAGAAACGCGAGAAGGCUGCAGAGCGGCAGCGCCGCAAGCGCGAGCGUGACCGCAACGCCAACCACCACUUCCUCGUCCUCGCACACCAGCAGCAGCAUCCUCACUCGCAGCAGCAGCAGCAACAACAACAACAUCAGCAACAGCAGCAGCAACACCCGCAGGCCCUCCAGCAGCAGCAACACCCGCCCCCGCCCUCCGCCCCGCCCUCCGCCGACGACUACCCCAUCGGCGCAGGCCUCACCGCCGACGAGCUCGCCCGCCGCGAGCGCGUGCGCACCGCCGCUCGCGAGCGCCAGCGCAAGCACCGCGCCCUCGUCAAGCAGAAGAAGCUCCGCGAGCUCGGCCUCGACAUGGGGAACGACCUCAUGCCUGGCCUCGACGACUCCCCGUACCGCGUCCAGCCCGACGACCCCUACGACCCCGUCCUCCCGCACAACCUUCAGCACCCGCACCCCCUCGCUGGGCCCCCGCACGAGCCGCCCUUCCCCCAGGACCAGAUGGUCGGCGGACAGAUGUUCGCUACCACCCUCCUCCUGUCCUUCUCCUGCGCGCCGCUCCUUAAGCAGCACCUCCUCCGCACACUCAACAUGACCAACGAGGAGCUCGCCUCUAUCCAGCCCUUCAUCGCACAGGCAUGGGAUCAGUGGGACCACCAGCGCCGCAUGCACUAUGCACAGCACCAGGUCGCCCCAGGCGGCCCCAACAAGGGCCCCGAUGGCCCCCACUCACUCGCCGAGCCAGCCACCUCCGCGCCCUACCCGCCCCAGGGCCUCCCCCUCUCCGACUCUGCUCCGCCAUACGCCACCGAACCCUCCUCUUCCUCUUCCUCCUCCGCUGCUGCUGCCGCCGCCGCAGCGGCAGCGGCGGUGGCACACGCGCACGCACCAAACGACUUCCGCGCGCGCUUCCACCGUCCGCUCGUCGCGCCUUCGCCGUUCCGCUUCGCCCCGGACGCGCGCGGCGGCGCGCCGCAGACACAAGCGCAGCAACAGCAACAGCAACAGCAACAACAGCAGCAGCAGUCUUCGGGGGCGGGCGCGACGGGUGCAGACGCGAUCGAUCCACGCUCGCACGCAUCUCAGGCUCAGCCUCAAUUGUGGGGAGAGUCGCUGGUGCCACGCUGGCCGUGGGCGAGGCAGGCGCGUCGUCAGUUGGGCCCUCGCCUUCGUCUGUAUCACUUUCUGCGGCUUUCGCAAGCGCUUCUUCGAGCUCGGCGAGGCUCUUGCCUGCGAGCAGGUCUUCGGGGAUGGGAAGCAAGUUUGUUUGGGUUCUGA